AUGACAUUAAACUUUUCACAAUCAUUAUCACUUCUAUUUGAUAAGAUAAACGAAAACAUUAUUAAAGUUAGCGACAGUUUCUCUGUAGACAGCAAGCUUAAGCAUUCUAAAAUGAGCGACGGUGCUUCAUGCCAGAGUGGCGCAACAUCUAAUCUAAAGGAUUCUCAAAUCGUGAAUUAUGAUGUCAUAAAAGAUCUUCCAAAUCAUCCUGAAAAAUUGUUGAUUGAUGUUCGUGAACCCGAUGAACUCAUCGAAACUGGAAAGAUUCCAACAUCUAUCAACAUCCCUUCGAAAACUCUCGAAGAGAAAUUAAAAUUGAACAAUGAAGAAUUUUUCAAAAGCUUCGGUCGUCCCAAGCCAACAAAUGGUACUGAAAUGAUUUUCCAUUGCAAAGGCGGUGGCAGAGCUGGUCAUGCCGCAGAACUUGCAAUAUCAAUGGGAUAUGUCAAUUCGAAAAGCUAUAAAGGAUCGUGGCUUGACUGGUCUAAGAAUGAAGGUCUGAAUUGACUGUAAAAAUCACAAACAAAUUUUUG